CUGACCCAACUCGCUAGUGGACAGGUGGCAUCUUCUGCGCUCGCAACACCUCGGCGCCCAAACGUAACCGUCCCAACAAACUCCUCUCCCUCCCCUUCCCAGCAGAAGUACCAGCGCCGGCCAUGGACAUGCAGUUCUUCCCCGACAGGGCGCACUUGCGCCUGCGGAGCCGCUGGCACGGCAUGUACCUUCACGCCGAGGAAGACGGGGUGAGGAUCACCCUGCGCCGGCGCCGUGGGACGCUGAACGAGGCGUGGGUGGUGCACCACCUCGAGCGCAACGGCGUCAACUACGUCCUCCUCCACAGCGCCGCCUACGGCCGUUACCUCGCCAUCGUAAGCAUGGAAGCGACUCCGGCGCCGUCUUCGGGCCAAGGUCAAGGCGCCCGCCGCACCUGCCUCGCCGUCCAGCGCCUUUACGACGCCCCAGGGCAGAACGACGUCCUGUGGCAGUUCCGCUUCGCGGACGACGGGUCCGACGAUGUCGUCAUGCGCAAUCGCGUGUACGGCACCUGGCACAACUACGGCGACGAGAGAAGGUUGAUGCAAUUCAUUGUCGAGGCCAUCCCCCCAAGAGCAGAGCCGCCUGAACUUCCGCCUGUAGUUUGGCCUCCAGCGGUGCCCAUCGGUGGCCCGAUCCGCCGCCAGCGCCGCCGGGUCGUCCAGGCGCAACCGGUGCUUCGGCGGAAGAUCCACUAUGUGCGGGCAGACGAUCAGGGGAACUUCAGCCCGCUUGUCUGGAGGAUGCUAUGGUUCGAUGGCCGGUCCGUGUUGCACCUGAGGAGAGAUCUAGCAGCCGAGCUGGGUGUAGGUGAAGCCAACGUCCUAGACAUCACGAUGUGCGUGCGGGCUGGCUCUAACGGCCGGCUGACUCCACUGGUCAUCGACCUGCCUUUCGAUGAGCAGGCCAUGGACAUCGUCGUCCUCGCCACUGAUUCACCAGCUGCUGAAGCUUUAGUGCACCCAGAUGUUGCUGCACCGUAGAGGAAUAUUAGACCAAGGCUUCUGACAAUCAAAAAAGAAAAAUCUCCUCAGAAAUGAGAAGUUCCCUGCUUCGGAUUCAGUGAGAUGGCAACUCAUAUUUUGUUCUGAUAGCUCCAGAAAACUCAGUCCAUCUGGGGUUGAUGUGUUCUGCUAACCGGAAGCGUUUUGAAUUGGCCUUCAAGUUUCAAAACUUCAAAAUUGCUGGAGGCAUUCUGUGGAAACACUGUUUGAGCGGCAAUUGUAGAUACCGUCUUCAGUCUUUCUUCACCAAACGUUUACAUCCAAAGUUUUCGUUUGUCAUGAUGAAGCUCUGCGCACUACUCGUUGAAAUUGAACUCACUUUUUCUUGAUAUACUAGAUGAACUCACCAAA